AUGUCUCUGCCAAGUAGACAAACAGCUAUUGUUAACCCUCCACCACCAGAGUACAUAAAUACUAAGAAAAAUGGGCGAUUGACAAAUCAACUACAGUAUCUACAAAAAGUUGUUCUGAAGGCUUUAUGGAAGCAUAGUUUUUCCUGGCCUUUUCAGCAGCCUGUGGAUGCAAUGAAACUUAAAUUGCCUGAUUAUUAUACCAUUAUAAAAAAACCAAUGGAUUUAAGUACAAUUAAGAAGCGCUUGGAACAUAAAUAUUAUGUGCAGGCUUCAGAAUGUAUAGAAGACUUCAAUAUGAUGUUCUCAAAUUGCUAUUUAUACAACAAGACUGGAGAUGACAUUGUUCUCAUGGCACAAGCUCUAGAGAAGUUGUUUAGGCAGAAAUUAUCUCAAAUGCCACAAGAAGAGCAAGUUGUGGGUGGUAAGGAAAGAAUAAAGAAAGGCAGAGCAAACAGCACUCAACAGAAUGUAGCAGUUUCUUCUGUUAAAGAAAAACAGUCCCCUAAAGCAUCAGAAAAAGUAUUUAAGCAGCAAGUGAUUUCCUCUUUAUUUCCUGAAACAUCUGUUUCUCCUUUAAAUAUGGCACAUGGUGCUCCAUUCAACUGUACCUCACAAACAGUUACCCAGGUUACAAGGGGCGUGAAGAGGAAAGCAGAUACAACAACUCCUACGACUUCAGUAGUUAAAGCAAGUGGUGAAUAUUCCCCAGCACUUACAGAAAAAAAAUCAGCAAAAAUGCCACCUGUAAAAGAAACUGUGCUGAAGAAUGUUUUGCCGGAUCCUCAACAACAACAUAAAGUUGUAAAGAGUGGUAAAGUAACUGAACAAUUAAGGCACUGUAGUGAGAUUCUUAAAGAAAUGCUUGCAAAGAAACACUUUUCAUAUGCAUGGCCCUUUUAUAAUCCUGUUGAUGUUAAUGCAUUGGGACUCCAUAACUACUAUGAUAUUGUGAAAAAUCCAAUGGAUCUUGGAACUAUCAAGAGAAAAAUGGACAACCAAGAAUAUAAGGAUGCAUAUGAAUUUGCUGCAGAUGUUAGAUUAAUGUUCGUGAAUUGCUACAAAUACAAUCCUCCAGAUCAUGAAGUAGUGGCAAUGGCAAGAAUGCUCCAGGAUGUUUUUGAAAUGCACUUUGCAAAGAUCCCAGAUGAACCCAUUGAGAAUAUGCCUGUGCGUAAUAUCAAAACAGAUACCACAAAAACCCUUGGUAGAGAAAGCAGUAGUGAGGCUUCCUCUGAAGAUAACUCUUCUGGUGAUUCUGAAGAUGAACGAGUUCAGCGUCUUGCAAAGCUUCAGGAACAGCUUAAAGCUGUUCAUCAACAACUACAGGUUCUGUCCCAAGUACCUUUUCAUAAGCUGAAGAAAAAGAAUGAGAAGUCUAAAAAGGAAAAGAAAAAAGAAAAGUUUAAUAACAGUGAUGAAAAUCCAAGAAAAAAGUUUAAGCAAGCAAAAUUAAAGCCCAAGAGCAAUCAGCCAAAGAAGAGCAUACAACAGCCCUUUGCUCUGAAAUCUGAGGAUGAUAAUGUUAAACCUAUGAACUAUGAUGAGAAAAGGCAGUUGAGUUUGGAUAUAAACAAACUCCCUGGAGAUAAACUUGGGAGAGUUGUUCAUAUAAUACAAUCAAGAGAGCCUUCACUGAGAAAUUCCAACCCUGAUGAGAUAGAGAUAGACUUUGAAACACUGAAAGCAACAACACUAAGAGAACUAGAAAAAUAUGUUGCUGCAUGUCUAAGAAAAAGACCACUAAAACCUCAGGGUAAGAAAAUAACGAAGUCCAAAGAAGAACUUCAUUCACAGAAAAAACAGGAGUUGGAAAAGCGGUUACUGGAUGUCAAUAAUCAGUUAAAUUCCAGAAAACGUCAAACAAAACCUGAGAAAACUCAGUUAUCCAAGGCUGUUGGAAGUGGUUCCCGAUUGAGUGAAAGCAGCAGCAGCAGCAGUAGCUCAUCAGAGUCUGAAAGUAGUAGCAGUGAUUCAAGUUCUUCAGACAGCAGUGAUUCCGAAUCAGAAAUGUUACCUAAAUUUACUGAAGUUAAACAGAAUGAUUCUCCUUCUAAAGAGAAAGUAAAGACACAGUCUUCUAUGCAAGAUACACUCUCUUGUUCUGCUACCCUUGUUCAUCAGACUACCCAUUCAAGUCGAACACCACCAAAUCACCACCAAUUAGCAUUUAAUUACCAAGAAUUAGAACAUUUACACAGUGUGAAAAACAUUUCACCUUCACAAAUCCUGCCUCCCUCAGGUGAUUCUGAACAACGCUUGAAUGGCCUAACUGUGAUGCAUCAGUCUGGUGAUGAUACAGUGGUGUUAGAACCUGAAAGUCAAGUUCUUGUGCAGAAGGAUAUAAAGAUCAAGAAUGCAGACUCUUGGAAAAGUUUAGGCAAACCAGUCAAAACUUCAGGUGUAUUGAAAUCCUCAGAUGAGCUCUUCAACCAAUUUAGAAAAGCAGCAAUAGAAAAGGAAGUUAAAGCUCGAACACAAGAACUAAUACGGAAACAUCUGGAACAGAAUACAAAGGAACCAAAAGUAUUUCAAGAAAAUCAGAGGGACUCUGGCUUCACUCUAGAAUCUUCUUCAAAUAAGAUGCAAAACAAGUGCCUUGGAGAGGAGCAGAAAGAACAUCAACAGUCAUUGGAAGCUCAAGACAAGUGUAAACUCUGGCUUCUCAAAGACCGUAAUUUAGCAAGGGAGAAAGAGCAAGAGCGGAGGAGGAGAGAAGCAAUGGCUGGUACCAUUGAUAUGACUCUGCAAAGCGACAUUAUGACAAUGUUUGAAAACAACUUUGAUUAAAACUGUUUUUAAAUUAACCAACUUAAAAUGAAUAAUAUAAAAGAUUAAAAUGCAUAUGGCAAAAUGAUUGCAUUCAGACACCAAGAUACGAAUCUUAUGCUGUAUUUUGACUGCUCUAAAAUGAUUAAACAAUUUUCACUU